AUGGCUCAAAACAUAUCGAACGAUUCACUGGAUGAUAUUGAAAACAGAUCAGAUGUCCUGAACCAAACCCGCUACUCGUUGCAGGAUGCGUUCGCACUGCGCAACGAUCCGUUCGAACUAAACGAUGUAGAACUGCUGGACACGAGUGUGACGGACCUAAUGGACGAUCCGUAUCGAAUGAAGCUGCGACGGAAUAGCAACUGCGACGGAUUCGACCAAAGCCUCGGCGACAGCUGGAUCUAUCCGGCCAACUAUCCGAUGAGGCGGUAUCAGUUCGCUAUCACGGAAGCAGCACUGUUUAAAAAUACACUAGUGGUGUUACCGACUGGACUGGGCAAAACAUUUAUAGCUGCAGUCGUGAUGUACAACAUAUAUCGAUGGUAUCCUACCGGUAAGGUGAUUUUCAUGGCACCGACCCGUCCGCUCGUCAGUCAGCAAAUUGAGGCGUGCUAUAGGAUUAUGGGCAUACCCCGAUCAGACACGGCGGAGGUGACCGGGAAACAGCCACGUCACAACCGUUCCACGCUUUGGCAAACGAAACGCGUGUUCUACGCCACUCCGCAGGUCGUACAGGCGGAUCUGGAAUCGUCCGAGCAAAUAUUACCUGUUGAGCAGGUCCGGUUAGUCGUGAUCGACGAAGCACACAAGGCAAAGGGACGUUACGCAUACGCGAACGUGAUACAGCGCAUUGCAGAACACAACCCAAACUUUCGAGUGUUGGCAUUGUCCGCAACACCCGGCCGCACGCUGGAGGACGUUGCUGAAGUGAUCAAGAAUCUUCUUAUCUCGCACGUUGAAGUGCGCUGGGAAAAUUCGAUCGACGUGUUGCCGUACGUGUUCCGGAAAGACGUUCGUACUAUCGUAAUACCGCUCGGGCAGACGAUAGCUAGCGUGCGGAGGGAACUGCAACGGUUAGUCAAUCCCUAUCUGCAGCGUUUGCUCGAAUCGAACGUUUUCACACAUUAUCCUGGCACCAUUACGCCCGGUAUGCUCAUUAUGAGACAGAAACAGUAUCGGGGAAAUGCGCUCCUUCAGCGGCAUCCUAACCAUAGUGUCAUUAUUGCUGAUUUCGGUGUUUGCAUUAGCAUGUACCAUGCGAUGGAUUUGCUCGUUAAGCACGGAAUAAGGACGUUUCUUAAUUUUUUCGACGAUAAUGGGGGAACGAACGGGCAGGAGAAAUAUUUCGUCGCAAAGGACCGACAAAUCAAGACCUUUUUAGACCAGCUACGGGAGCAGUUUCAGCAUCGCGAACGGCAGCAAAGUGCGAAUGAUUCGGGUAUUAUAACCGGUAACGAUGACAUCGAUUUCGGACACCCCAAGUAUCGCAUACUGGAACAGCAGUUGAUGACAUUUUUCAAAGAGUUCCCGGACUCGAAGUCGAUAGUAUUUUGCGAGUUUCGCGAUUCGGUUGCUAUGAUCAAACGAAUGCUAAGCAACAAUCAACCGUUAAUACGACCAAACUGCAUUGUUGGGCAAAGUAGAGCCAGCGGUGUUCGAGUGGCACAACAUGAACAGAUUGACGUUAUGCGCCACUUCCGUUCGGGUACUUACAACACCCUUAUCGCAACGUGUGUCGCCGAGGAGGGUAUCGAUGUUGGUGAGGUAGAUCUGAUAGUGUGCUUUGACAUUGCUAAAAAUCCUAUGCGAUUCGUGCAAAGAAUUGGUCGUACGGGACGGCAACGAGUCGGGCGGGUGUUAAUGCUUGUGACCGAGGGCGAGGAACACGACACCCUAAAGCAUGUACUUGCGUCAAAGGACAAAACGAACCAACAGCUGGCCCGCAGCAAAGACAUCCUUCGUAUCCUUUACCCACAUUCGCCCCGUCUGGUACCGCCCGGGUUACAACCCAAAUGCGUAACAAUGUACAUGAACAUCCCGGAUGAGCAAGCAACGGUACGACAAGUGCGUUCGGAUUCAUCCGACGGAGAAGGUCACAGCGCCAACAUUAAGAGCGGUCGAAAGAGGAAAAAAACCAAACGACUGAAUGAUGCGAACGAAGCGAUAGAACCGUCAUCAAAGCGAAACAAACGCACCACGAGAACGAGGGAUGUAAGAGAUUUUUUUACGCGACAACGAACUGACCCAACGGAUCCGCUAGAUGCUAGGGAGAGGGACAUAUUUGCGGUGGAAUCGCCUAUCCGGGGAAACAAAGAUGGUUUGAUGGAUCGAUCGCAUAUCGUGAAUACAUCCAUACCGAUCGAUCAUACGAUUCGCUUGGGUCGCACAGACACUCAAGUAGCUAUCGACACACUUUUACAGCCCCUGGUGCAGCAUUACAGGAAAUUAUGCCGGCAUAAAUUCCUUUACCGCCAGAAGCUGCUAGACACACCCAAGCUGGCAAGAAUAGAACUUCAUGAAGCGUCCAGGAACGUGCCUGUGCAGGACGAUCUGCUUGAUCUUCCAGAGUUGGUUCCGCACGGGAUGGUACGUGCCGAUGCUAGUCAAGCUGCUGAAGAGUGCUUUAUAGUAGACAAGUCCAUCUCAAAUCUGUUUGAUUCGUCGCUUUGUCUGAUGGAGACUACGUCUAAUGUCACGUGUCCGCAGGAAAGUCCAACUAUACCACCGAAAGCAUCUGCAAUCGUGAGUGGGAAGAAAUCACGCGUAUCAACGCUGAAAAAACUCAAAAAACAAUCCACCUCACCGAAGGAUUUAUCCAAUAGUCCACUUCUGUUGGCAUUUAAUCGUUCGGUGCAAAAAAGAAUAAAUUCCGAUUCGCUUGAAACACCGGCACGCAGUAACCGCAAUGUUGUUCCAUCAGAAAUACUGCAAGGGCAAAGAUGCAGCGUUUCACAACGUAUAGUUUUGGAAUACUUUCAUCUGAAAAGUUUGGAUGAUAUAUUUGAAGACGAUUCCCUCGAUUGGUCGGUACCGGAAACAGAUGCUGCAGUUAACGAAGGACAGCAAAGCGGCGAAAGGCUUAAAGGAACAUCCAUCAGUAGGAAACUUUUCGGUUCGGAACAUAAAACCGAACAAACAACAAACAAGGUAGCAGAGAUAUUUGUGCCGAAGGAAGACACGUAUGUUUGCAAGCAGCCGAUUCUCGAAAUUACGUCGGAUAUACAGCAUAAAACAUCUACUGACCGUAGGUUGGAAAGCUGCAGUAAUGUAAGCAUGAAAAAUUUUGACCUGGGUACGGCAGAGCUGAUUUUUCAAGAUGAUAGCACCAGCGAUAGGUAUGAUAGCCCCACGUCGUUCAAGUCUACUUUCAUCGAUCUACCGCAAUCUCAAACUAGCGCCUUAAAAAAGGCGAGUUUGUGCACGCAAAAGCAUACAGUCAGUGACACCAUUAGCAAAGACGCAAUGUACUGUCUUCCAGGCAAAUCGCCAUAUUUUGUUGCUUCUUUGGCGAAAAUUACCCCUGCGGGCAAGGCGAAAAAUGAGAAUAAAUCGCUUGAUAUAAGUGAACCGAUGGAUAUGGGAUCGGUGAGUAGUACGAAUAAUCAUUCCUGGGUUGAGGAAGUAGGCAUGAAUGACAGUAUUAUCGGACAGAAGACUAGGCCAGCCAGAAUCGAUUCCAGCUCGGAAAGCUUGUUUGACGAUCAACCUAACAAUGCUAUUCGACGUUUAAUUGGCUCUUCGAUAAGAGACGAGGAGAAAAACGAUGACGUUUUCUGCCAUGCUCCUGAGGUACGCUCGUCAAAUCAGUACAAAAAACAGUACAUGGAUAUGGGAUCUCGGAGGAGUAUCAAUAAUAAUUCCUGGGUUGAUGAGGUAGGCAUGAAUGAAAGUAUUAUCGGGCAGAAGACUAGGCCAGCCAGAAUCGAAUCCAGCUCGGAGAGCUUGUUUGACGAUCAACCUAACGAUGCUAUUCACCGUCCAAUUGGCUCUUCGAUAAGAGACGAGGAGAAAAAUGAUGACGUUUUCCGCCAUGCUCCUGAGGUACGCUCGUCAAAUCAGUACAAAAAACAGUACAUGGAUAUGGGAUCUGGGAGGAGUAUCAAUAAUAAUUCCUGGGUUGAUGAGGUAGGCAUGAAUGAAAGUAUUAUCGGGCAGAAGACUAGGCCAGCCAGAAUCGAAUCCAGCUCGGAGAGCUUGUUUGACGAUCAACCUAACGAUGCUAUUCACCGUCCAAUUGGCUCUUCGAUAAGAGACGAGGAGAAAAAUGAUGACGUUUUCCGCCAUGCUCCUGAGGUAUGCUCGUCAAAUCAGUACAAAAAACAAUUGAACCGCGGCCAAAAUAAUAUAAAAAAAGGCAAACGGCUGGGUCGUGGCUUCCUACUAACCCAAGCCGCAGUAUCAGACGACGACGGCGACGAUGAAUCCGGUGACGAAAGCGAUGGCAUAAAUUCAUUAGCAAGCUUUGUAACCUCAUCAGACGAUGAGCGGUGUACGGGGGACAUGAGAGCGGUUUAUCUACAGUCGGUGCGCAGUCCAUUGGCUAGCCGUGGUCGCUUCAAAAUACCGCCCAAUGCGUUAAACACUCGGGACCGGUUACCGGUGCUGAACGACACGGAUGCAUACCACAGCGUAGAGGACAGCUGCGCGAUGGAUGAAAAAGAUACGGAAUUAUGCUCCUUUGUCGACGACAACAUUAUUAAAAACUCAGACACGGAACUUUCCGAGCUUGAGAUAGCCGAACGUAUACUCAAGGAGCGCCGCCGACGGAAACGGCAGGCUCGUUGUUCGGGUGAGAACAUUUUGACAGGAACGAAGAAACGACGGCGUGUUAUUCAGAUGAUAUCCUCCGAUUCCGACUGAUAGUCUGUAAGAAAGAUGCAAAAUACUAAAGAAGAAGAAAGAUGCGAAAGCAAGAUGCGAAACUAAUUUUAAUCUGUUGCAUUUCUUUAACGCGUUAUAAGCUGAUCAGUAGAACAGAUCAGUGAAGCUGAUCAGCAGAGGUGUCUCUCAGAGGUCCUAUAGGUAAGGGUUGAAAGACGAUAAGAAUUGGAGAGCCAAAUUGC